CGGCAGAUUCCACCUCAAUUCAUUACAACACGUGGAAAAUGUCCAGGAUCAUCUACCUUUGGACAUCAAAAGGACAUAACUCUAGUCUCCUACAUUCCAAAGAAAAAUAAAGUUGUCUUAUUGAUGUCCAGUCUACAUCAUGACGAAAAAAUUGAUGAGUCUACAGGUGACAAAAGGAAACCAGACAUCAUAUCCUUUUACAAUCACACCAAGAGUGGAGUGGAUGUAGUGGACAAUCUUUCUGCGUCAUACAACGUGAGUAGAAACACAAAACGAUGGCCAUUGACUAUCUUUUUUGCAAUGCUAAAUAUAUCGGAAAUAAACGCAAACAUAAUAUACCGGGCUAAUAAUGAUGAUACACGCAUGAAAAGAAGACAUUUCCUAAAAAAUCUGGGACUCGCCAUGGUGCAGGAACAUUUACAAGUGCGACGAGCUCGAGUGAAUUUACCACGUCAACUGCGCAAAAGAAUCGCACAAUUCACAGGUGAAACCACAGAUGAACCACCUCGAAAGAUUCUAGGCGUUCGCAAGAGAUGCCAAAUAUGUCCGUCCAAAAAAGAUAAGAAGACAAGUCAUACCUGUCAUGAAUGUCAAAUUUAUAUAUGCCCUGAUCAUUUUAUUACCUACUGCAAUAAUUGUAGUAGUUCGAUGUCAGUAAAUGAGGAAAUAGAAGACUGA